AUGAUCUUCGGGGAGAAUGGGACGCCAACGUCCAAUAGAGCUAAAAAGCAAGUCGUGCGCGCUGUGAAAGCAGGGUACUAUCCCAAGCAGGUAAUGGGAAUUACAAGUGUGGAGAAAGAACCAGCGAUCAGUUUCGGGGCCGAAGAUCUUAGAACCCUAAUGUAUCCGCAUGACGAUGCAUUGGUCUUUACGGCGGAUAUAGCGAUGUGUAGGGUCCAUCGCGUGUUCGUGGAUUCAGGGAGUGUAGUGAACAUCUUGUAUCUCGAAUGCCUCCAGAAAAUGGGAAUUGAAGCUAAUAUCGAGCCAACGAAUUCUCCCCUGUUUGGAUUUGGUGGGGAAAUUGUCAUGCCUUUGGGCUUUGUGGAAUUGCCAGUCACACUGGGUAGAGCAGAUGCUUGCAAAAAUAGGAUGACACGGUUCCUGGUAGUGGAUAUGCCCAGCCCUUCCUAUAAUGUAAUAUUGGGACGCCCUGCUCUGACGGCCUUCAGAGCGGUUAUAUCCAUGUUCCACCUCAAAAUGAAAUUCCCCCUUGAGGAUGGGAGAGUGGGAGAAGUAUGGGGCGAUCAGAGGGUGUCAAAGGAAUGUCAUGUCAAAAUGCUAUCGAACUCGUCGGGGCAGAAGAGAGAAAGAUUGACAGAGGGACCGGACGCGCGGAAGAAGGGGAAAGUGGGCGAAGUACAUGCCCCGGCAGAGGAACGACGGGAGUUAGCGGACCUAUUGAAAGACAGGGACAGCACAGAGAAAACCGCUCUAGUUUCUACGAAUGAUGUCUGCAAUAUGAUUGAUCUUUUUCCAGGGAAGGAGGGUUUUCAGACCAAAAUAGGGUCUUCUAUGAGUGACCAGGACAGAGAAGAGCUUAUCAGUUGCCUACAGCGAAAUGCAGAUGUAUUCGCAUUCAGCACCGCUGAUUUAAAGGGAAUCGACAGAGGGUUGGCAGAGCACUGCCUUAAUGUGGACCCUAAAGUUAAGCCCGUGAAACAGAGAACAAGAAAUUUUGGGGCCGAAAAGGACGCUGCAAUCAGGGAGCAGGUCGAAGGGCUGUUGGAAGCGGGGCACAUCGAGGAGGUGCAAUACCCAGAGUGGAUUUCUAAUGCUGUGAUGGUACCAAAGAAAACAAAUACUUGGAGGAUGUGUGUCGACUUCAGAGAUUUAAACGCUGCUUGCCCAAAAGACCACUAUCCUCUGCCGAGGAUUGACCAGUUAGUAGAUUCCACCUCGGGUUGUGCUUUAUUGUCUAUGAUGGAUGCAUAUCAAGGGUACCAUCAGGUCAAAAUGAAUAGAGGGGAUAUUGCCAAAACGGCCUUCGCCGUCUGCUGUGGGGUGUAUGGCUGGAGGAGUAUGCCAUUCGGCUUGAAAAAUGCAGGGGCCACGUACCAGAGAAUGAUGGAGAAAAUUUUCAAAGAACAACUUUCAAGGAAUAUUUCAGUUUACGUAGAUGAUAUGUUGGUACGCAGUGUCAGAGCGGAGGAUCAUGUCUCUGACCUGGAAGAGGUCUUCACAGUCAUCCGGAAACACCGACUUAUGCUGAACCCAGCGAAGUGCACCUUCGGGGUCACCACAGGGAAAUUCUUGGGGUACAAGGUCACGCCCGCCGGGAUUGAAGUCAACUCGGAAAAGGUCAAGGCUAUUUUGGAAAUGACACCACCUAUAGGGAUUAAGGAAGUACAGACUCUGAAUGGGCGCAUCACUGCUCUGAGCAGGUUCAUAUCGAGGUCGGCAGAGCGCAGCAUGUCGUUCUUCAAAAUCUUGAGGAAGGGAACUAAAUUCUUGUGGACAGCGGAGUGUCGAGCGGCAUUUGAGGAUCUCAAGGUUUACCUGGCGAAGCUCCCAACUCUGACCAAGCCGGUCCCGGGAGAAACAUUAUAUCUAUACAUAGCUGUGGGGAAGGAGUCAGGUCCCGAGCUAAACUACACAGAAAUCGAGAAGGCUGCUCUGGCGGUCAUGGUCACGGCUCGAAAAUUGAGGCCCUAUUUCCUAUCACAUCGGGUAGUGGUGUGCACUGCUUUACCUUUUAGACAAGUGUUGGGGCACCCGGAUUUGUCGGGAAGAAUGGUCAAGUGGGCCGUGGAGUUGGGAGAAUACGACGUAGAGUAUGAGCCGAGAACGGCAAUCAAGGCACAAGCUCUGGCGGAUUUCAUCCAAGAAACCACUCGACAGCCUAUUCCAGAAUUUUGGGUUGCCUUUGUGGAUGGAUCAGUCACAAAGGAGGGGUGCGGAAUUGGGGUAUACAUCACCUCACCAGGGUACGGGACAUAUCAAUUCGCUAUCAAGUUCACUUGCCGAAUGUCUAAUAAUGAGGCUGAGUAUGAGGCUGUGGUGAGAGGGGCGCAUAUUCUAUCCGAACUCAAGGCUGAAUGUGUAAUCAUCAAGACGGACUCCCAGUUGGUAGCUCAACAAUUGGCAGGGGCUUAUAAUGUCAAGGAUCAGCGGAUGAAAGCGUACCAUGGCAAAAUCAACGAAAUGAAGCACAAAUUUAUGGAGUUUAAAAUUGAGCAGAUUUCCCGGGAAGAGAACACAAAGGCGGAUUUACUGGCACGCAUGGCCAGCGCAGUGGAACAGACAUGGAGUGACGAGAUCAUUUUGCUCUGUGAUACCAGAGAAAUGGGGACUUCACAGGUUUUCUUGGUGGAAAUCAGGGACGACUGGCGGGCUCCGAUUAUACACUUUCUCAAGACAGGGGAGCGAUUGAGCAGGGAAUCUAAUCAGAGGGCUCGAUACGAGAAUUAUUGUUGCUGUGGUAGUCACACGGGAUUCCGGGAUCUCGUACGUAAAAUCAUUCAGGCAGGGUUCUACUGGCCUAACAUCAACAAGGAUGCCAGGGAAUUCGUCCGCAAGUGCGAAGCCUGUCAAAGACACGCUGGGAGGAUCAAUGUUCCAGGGGAAACUAUGGGAGUCAUGUCUGCUGCCUGCCCAUUUGACAAAUGGGGCAUCGACAUCGUCGGGAAAUUGCCCACAGCACCAGGGGGCAAGUGUUUCCUUAUUGUAGCAGUGGACUAUUUCUCCAAAUGGGUCGAGGCCGAGGCUGUAGGAAAGAUUGAUGAGGUGGCAGUGGAACGCUUUAUUUGGCGGAACAUAUGUUGCAGAUUUGGAGUCCCAAGGAUCAUUGUAUCGGACAAUGGCAAGGAUCGCGGAUUUCUGUGA